UGAUGAUUCAUUAACAAAUACGCACCGAGACAACAGUUCAUCUUCCGAAAUGCCUCUACUUGCAUAACUGUCCUGCGAGCACGCCUAAAAAACAGGCGUGCUCAGCUGUACAGGCCAAUCUGGGGUUACAUCAGUAGAUGCACUCUCGAUAUGGCCACGUGAGGCCGGUCUAUGAUGCUGCAGAAUGUGCGACUUGGUUGGACAAGACAACCAUACUCUGCUUGAGAUACCGUUGCUCCAUGAGCCAACUCGCACAAGUGAGGGUGUUGUUGUCUCUGGCGCAUCCUGCAAUGCAAUGAGACCUGAUGAUGCCAACGAAUGCAUACCCAUAGUACCUAGUCUAGGGACAAAGGUUAGUAGAGAGUACCUAGGUAGAGCUCUAAAAGCGGGCAACAAAGAGCUUUGUCGAGCUUCUUUCAGAGCUUCAUGGCCCGUGCACAUCUCCCUGUGAACAGAGGCAAACGCCGUCAAGCCAAUAAGAAAGCAAGAUUGGUUUCAUAACAGAGGGCAUCAUUGGAUACAGAACACGUUCAGUGGGAUAAUUGAAGCCAGGUUCGACAAGUCAAAUAGAAUAAUACCUUCUAGGCUUCGCAAUUUACAUGCUACCUUGUAGACAGGCUACAGUCUUCAAUAUCGAGUCUACUAUUCAUUUAUUUGUUUGGUUGGAGAUAAGAUAAAGACUUUACCCUUGGCUGAUUCUAGGGGAUGACGCUUGUAUCACUGUGGGUCGCUCCUAUCCAUUCUUUGUUUGAGGCGCGUACCUUGCUUCGCCCUCGUCCGCUCCAUCGAAGCAACUCAAGCCUUUUCUCUUCUUCCAUCAAACCAUCGCAGCCCAAGUCGCAGCCAUUGCAUUUCUAGCCGCGCUUCUUUUCCGAUCCUGAAAAGUCUCCUAAUCAUUACUUAACGCGCUUCUAUCGACUUGCGCAGCAUGGCCGAAUAUUCGUCACUCAAGGUGCCUGAGCUGAAGAAGCUGCUGGCCGAGAAGGGUCUGCCUCAGACGGGCAACAAGGCGGAUCUUAUUGCAAGGCUCCAAGAGAACGAUCGAACUUCCGAAACCGCUGAGAAGCCCGCUGAGAACAAGGAGGAUGAAAUCAGCUACAGUGAUGACGAUGCUCCUGCUGCACCUGCCGCUGCCGCGCCUGUAGCCGCCUCUGAGCCUGUUGCUGAGGUUCCUGCCACCGAGGCUGCACCCGUCAAGGCCGAAGAGACGACAGCAGAGAAGCCCGCCGAGACAGUGGAGGCUCCUGCGGAGCCUGAGAAGUCUUAUGCCAUCGGUUUACAAUCCACUGCUGCUGACGACGAAGCCAAGAAACGUGCCGAACGUGCCAAGCGGUUCGGUAUUGAGGAGGACGAGGACGCCAAGAAGCGCGCCGACCGCGCGAAGCGAUUUGGCCUCGACGAAAAGGAGCUCGCUACUACUCUUGAUUCAGCACUCCCUGAGCGCUCGCGAAAGCGAGGCCGAGAUCGCACCACUGAAGGUGAAGGCAACCGCCCUGGAAAGCGACAAAGCAUGGACAGGAGGAAUGGUGGUGGCGGUCGUCGACGCGGCCGUGGUGGUCGGGAAGGCGGUCGCGAUGGCGGCGCGAGAAAGGAGAAGACGUCUACCAGAAGUGGUAUCCUUGAUGACCCAACAGAGAGGGCCAAGGCAGAGAAGCGUGCUGCUAGGUUUGCUGGGAACUAGUAGUUCUCUUCAUAACCAGUACGACAUGAAAUUUGGCAAGUAAAAAGGUUUCAAAUUGAGGAUAGGCUGAAACUGGGCGGAGCAGGCAGACUUAGGUGAAUGGGCCACUUCUACUUGUACAACAUUCUUAUUUUCAUAUUCAGGCGCAGACUAUCAAGGAUAAAUGAAUAAAGAGGAAAUCGGCGUCUUCGGUUCGACCAAUGCCCACUAUCAAUCACAACCUUGAGGUCCAUGGUAA